AUGGAUUCAUUUUAUUUGGAUGACUCUGAUCAUAACAACUUAAUUGGUUCAGAUGAUGCGUUACAGACAGUAGCUGAAGAAGAGACUGGCUUGGAUCUAGACACAGCACUGCUGCCUGGGCCUCAACAGUCUGGACCUGAAGUCGCCGUUGGUGCACCCUCACAUGAAGCUGGACAGCCGAGCACUUUUAAUUUUGAGUCUUUGCUUGCACAUGCCAUGCGUAACGUUGCUGAAUCACCAGUACAACUGCCAUGGGAGUCAGAUGAGUGGGCCUGCAUUUUUGACCCUAACCACGAUUCCUUGGAUGCGCUUGUACCUCAGUUUGAGCCCAAGCUCAAAGUGCCGAAGCUGAUUCACGAUAAACCUUCUGACAAUUUAGUUUCACAACCAGAUGUUUCCAGUUCUGAUUUCACAAAGCCUUUGUUCAUGGUGGCAGUUUCCAGAAGGAAAGACCAGGUUUGGACAGAGAAGCGAGAAGCUGAGUUGCAAAGAGCUCUCAUGAAAUGGGACACUAUUGUCAGAAAUUGGCCAGAUGAGUGGAAAUGCAAACAAGAACUUUUGGCAUGUCCGACAGUGAAUGAUUCAAUGAACUUGCUUGGAGACUACCUGACAGGGAAAGCGCCGGCAACCCUGUUGAAACGUGCAAACAGUAUGGUGUUUUUGCAUACCACCCUACAACAGUUGGGAUUCUUUUGGCCCCUUGAAGAACCAGAAAUGUACAGGAUCAUUAAGACCUUGCAUUCAACUGGCAACCGCACUAGCCGAUUGAAGUCCAUUCUUGAAGCUGUUACCUUUUGCAGGUACUCCUUUGACAUCAGCGACCUCCACCCGAUCACGGUCAGCAAGCGUUGUUUGGGAGCCACUGGGAGUGAUUUUGCAAACAAGUUGAAUCAAGCUUCACCCUUGACAGUUGCAGACAUUUGGCAUUUGCAUACAUGUUUGGAUAAUGGGGAUGCUUGGGACAGAGUGUUCAGUGGGGCUGCUCUUUUCUGCAUUUACGCACGUGCAAGAUGGAGUGAUUUCAUUCACGGUAAUUGCAUCAGAGUUGAUGUGCUGGAAUCUUCCGGCAAAGUGGCCUACGUGGACAUGGAGGUGCAAAUCCAUAAGACCAUGCAAGCAACUGCAAACAAGUUCAAGUUUUUGGAUUUGGUCGCGUCUGGCAGUGGAAUUUUUGGAGAUGAUUGGGUGAGGGGUUGGAUAGAUGCACUCAAGAAUAUUGGUGUUGAUCCUUUUUCGAAUGAGCCCGGCAAGACUUUGAUGCCAGCGCCAGCUGAAGAUGGUACAACUCUUCAACGGGCCUUGGAGAGUAAUGAGGCAAGUGUAUGGCUGAUGGCUGACACCUAUGCCAGGGACGCACAAGCAAGGACAAUCCGUUUGAUUGAUAAACUUUUGCUGGAAAUUAGGGCAGGAUAUUUUGAUCCUGACACAACGAGGGCUGGGAGGUUCAACAAGAACUAUGCGCCAGACCCUUCAUUGGAUGUUGGUGCAGUCUCAUUUCUUGAGAGUGAUGUCGAGAGUGCUGCAUUGGACGCCCAAGUGGAUGAGGCGCUGGACAAUGCCGUGCAAACAGUUGAAGAUGGACAGAUAGAAUUAGAGGAAGAUCAUUUUACAAGUUCUUCUUCAGACAGUGAAGCUGAGAGCGUGGAAUACAAUGCACCUGUCAGGAUGUUUUAUCCACCAUCGGCACCUUUAGGUUUCCACUUCAUGCAGAAUAAGAGGACCAAGACUCUUCACCUUGUUGAUGCGAAGUAUCCACAUGGGACUUGUUGUGGCCGGGUGUUGGACAAGAACUUUUCAGCAAUGUGGACAAUAUUGGCUAGAGAGCUGUCGACUGUAAAGCCAGACAAUACGGGAAAGAGACCGCUGGAUGAAGCCAUUUUGAAACUGAUGCAUGACCCUCGCAUCACAAUGUACAUGCUGUCCCUUCCCAACAAAGGGCCAGCUUCCUCAGUGCAGACGAGGCCAGCCAGUACCGCCGCCACAACACCUACCACUGUGCAGCCAAAGAAGAAGGCCAGACCCAGCAAGAAGAACAGGCAUCUGGACAGCCUCCCAAAUGCAGAAGAGGAGUUCACAUUUGCGAAUCAAUCGGAGACAGUUUCACAUCACAAUUUGUUGCAAGAGAUGCCCAACACGCCUGAAGGCGCUCAGUUGGAAGAUGGUGUCACCGACUCAAGCGAUGCUGAACAACAGACGGCUGAAAAACGUUUCACUGAAGAUCCAAGUGGUGCCACAACUCGAAAGGUUCUGUUUGAAAACAUCCUUUUCUUGGAGGUCUUCGCUGGAACUUCUUCAUUAACAAUCGAAGUGCGCAAAACAAACUUGCGUGGAGUGGCUGUUGACAAAGGUACGGAGAGAGCGAAAGGGCCUAUCACAAUUUUGGACCUCACCAUGCCAGAAGACUUGCAGUUCCUGAUGGAUUUCAUUCGGCAGGAGGUAUGGUGCAGCGCUUUCUUUGACGACUUCCCAACGAUGGCAGCUGAUGCAGAAGCCGCUCAGACGGAUAAGUGCGUUGGCUUCCUGUUCGACUUGCUUGGGAUACAGUACGCAAAGGAGGGCAAGAAAAACCAACCAUUCAGUACCGAGAUGAGAGCACUGGGCCUCAUCUUCGACCUGGCUGGGUUUGACGAAGGUGUUGUCUUUAUAAAGCACACGCCUGAACGCAGGUCAGAAUUGUUGGAGAGAAUAACAGCAAUCCUGAACUCCGACGAGCUUUCCCCGAAGGAGGCCGAGUCAUUCAGGGGCAGAGUGCAGUGGUUUGAAAGUUUCUUGUUUGGCCGGACGGCAAACCUUGCCAUUCACCGACUUGGAAAAAGAGCCUUGAUUAAAGGUGGAAGGCAGGGACAUAAACUUGAUGCAGAACUACGAACCUCCUUGGAAUUCCUCCGACACAGGGUUGAACAUGGAGCUCCUCUUCAACUUACUGCCACAACGGAGCAGGCUAUUCUUAUCUUCACCGAUGGAGCCUUCGAUGAGGAGACAGGCAUCGGGUCAAUUGGUGGAGUCCUCUUGGAUCACACCGGCACAGCACUCAGCUACUUCAGUGAGCGGGUCCCUAACCUGCUGAUGGAACUUUUCCUGAAAGAGGCGGAAAAUCCAAUUUACCUGGUAGAGCUGUUGGCGGUGCAUGUUGCCGCCUUCCUUUGGGGUGGACAGACGUUUGGCAGGUACAUAGUGAUGUACAUUGACAACGAAGCCUCCCGAAUGGCCUUGGUCAAAGCCUACUCCUCCACCCUUCUUGGAAACGUUGUGAUCCAACUCUUCGUGCAAGAAGAAGACCAACAUCAAUGGAAGGUGUGGUUUGGAAGAGUUUGCAGCCACUCAAAUAUAGCUGAUGGCCCUAGCCGCGGACAUGUUGAAGACAUGAAAGCUUGUGGGGCUAAGCACAGCCAGUGUGCAUGGGACGUGGUCAUAUGCUCACUGGAAGCAGUCGAGCACAGGCUCAGAUGGGGGUGA